AUGGUAGAACGAUGCUUUGAGUCAAGGAACUCUGACAGCACGGUGCGGAAGGAGCGGGAGGUGAUGCUGAGGCUGAAGGAGGUGGUGGACAAGCAGAGGGAUGAGCUUCGUGCCCAAGCCCACGAGAUCGUCUGCAAGAGCCGAGACACGGAGGCGCUGCAGGAGCAGCUGCAGCGCUUCAUGGCCAUGAACGAGGAGCUGCGGCACAAGGUGGCCGUGGUGCAGGCACAGCUCAAGAGCGCCCUGGAGAAGAAGUCGGACCUGGAGGCCGUGAUGCUGCAAACCCAGAAGGAAAUGAGCAGGAGGAACAGGACCACCUCGGAGGUCCAGGAGCCAAAGGCCAGCCCGGUGAGUCUGAGCCCAUGGCCCUGCUGGAUGGGGUUUUGGGGAUUCCUGCUUGUCUGCUGACAUUUCAUCCUCCAGGAAGGAGCAGCAGCACCACCUAAUGAGGAGCAGCACCAGGACAUGGAUGCAGGCAGGAACCCUGCUCACUGCUGCUUCUCCAAGGAGGAGCUGCAGCAGAUCCUGCAAGAGCGGAACGAGCUCAAGACCAACCUGUUCUUAGUGCAGGAGGAACUGGCCUAUUACCAGAGGGAGCUGCUGAAUGAAGAGAGAGUUCCUGGCUUCUUCCUGGAUGCCAUGAAGUCGACUAUCAAAAGACAGAGAAAAAAAAUCAGAGCCAAAAUGCUGGGAACAGCAGAGGAGUCAGCCAGCAGCGAAGAGGACGAGGGCUCCUGGCUCCCAGCUCAUGGCACAGAUGAUGUGGAUGCUCAGCCUCCCGAAUCCAAAAUUAGGAGCUUUUUUGGGCAGUGGUAUCAGAGCGACAGCGGAGACCCCCCCACAUCCAGCUGCUCUGGAGCCUGGGAAAUCAUCGACUCACUGGACACGCAGCUGGAGCCCAAAGGAGAGAGUGAGGGGGCAGGCAGCUCCCCGGACAGAGCCUCACCCCCCCUCUGA